AAUGAAACUACAGAACGUUGGAAAAACAUAGCAAAUCUUUACAGAAAAGAAGAAAUGUUAUUAACACGUCUAAGAAUAGGACAUACUCGCUUCACACACCAUGGUUACCUAAUGAGCAAAGAAGAACAACCCAGGUGCACAACAUGCGGAGUUCACAUGACUAUAAAACAUAUACUCGUUGAAUGCAGACAAACAGAAGAUGCAAGAACCAAACACAACAUCCCAGAAUUUCUAUACCAAUCAUUAAGUCCAAACGUAUCAGUCAUUAAACAGACACUAAACUUCAUAAAAGAAACUGAAAUUGAAAAUUUAUUGUAA